AUACCUCUCUACAAUACAGAAGUACAUAAACAGAUCAUUUAACCUUCUCUCGAACGCAAGCAUCUGAAAAAUGGCGAAGAAGUACGAGCAAUUUAGAUGCCAACCGAGGCUUCCAAAAUUUGCUAUCCCGAAAAGGUACGAUCUCAAGCUCAUACCAGACCUCAUCGCCUGUAAGUUUUCAGGAACCGUCGAGAUCUCUAUCGAUAUCGUCGCCGAUACCAAGUUCAUUGUCCUCAAUGCCGCAGACCUCUCCGUAGAUUCCAAAUCUGUUCGAUUCCAAUCGAAAAGCGAGUCAAAGGGAUUGGAGCCUUUGCAAGUAGAAUUUUUUGAAGACGAUGAGAUUUUGGUGCUGGAGUUUGGUGAAACUUUGGCUCUCGGUCUUGCUGUAUUACAUUUAAGUUUUGAAGGCACACUGAAUGAUCAAAUGAAAGGUUUUUACAGAAGUUCAUAUGAACAUAAUGGUGAGAAGAAGAACAUGGCUGUAACACAAUUUGAACCAGCUGAUGCCAGAAGAUGUUUUCCUUGUUGGGAUGAACCUGCUUGUAAGGCUACAUUCAAGAUUACACUAGAGGUGCCUUCAGAACUUGUAGCUCUUUCAAACAUGCCAGUUCUUGAUGAAAAGGUGGAGGGCAACAUAAAGAUUGUCCAAUACCAGGAAUCCCCAAUCAUGUCUACAUAUUUAGUGGCAGCUGUUGUUGGUUUGUUUGAUUAUGUUGAAGACCAAACACCUGAUGGGAUCAAAGUUAGGGUAUAUUGCCAAGUUGGAAAGGCAAAUCAAGGGAAGUUUGCAUUAGAUGUUGCUGUUAAGACCCUUGGUUUAUACAAAGACUACUUUGAAACACCUUAUUCACUACCCAAAUUGGACAUGAUUGCAAUCCCUGAUUUUGCUGCUGGAGCCAUGGAGAAUUAUGGUCUGGUUACAUACAGAGAAACAGCUCUACUUUAUGAUGAAAAACACUCUGCAGCUGCAAACAAACAGAGGGUGGCAACUGUUGUAGCUCAUGAACUUGCACAUCAAUGGUUUGGAAAUCUUGUGACAAUGGAGUGGUGGACACAUUUGUGGCUAAAUGAGGGAUUUGCCACUUGGGUAAGCUAUUUAGCUGCUGAUGGGUUGUUUCCAGAAUGGAAGAUAUGGACUCAGUUUCUUGAUGAAAGUACUGAAGGUCUUAGACUUGAUGGGCUUUCAGAAUCACACCCUAUUGAGGUGGAAAUCAAUCAUGCAGGUGAAAUAGAUGAAAUUUUUGAUGCAAUCAGCUAUCGCAAGGGCGCUUCUGUCAUUCGCAUGCUGCAGAGCUAUCUUGGUGCUACUGUUUUUCAGCGAGCACUUGCUAAAUAUAUAAAAAAACACGCUGGCUCAAAUGCAAAAACCGAGGACUUGUGGGCCGCCCUUGAGGAGGAAUCCGGUGAGCCUGUGAACAAACUAAUGAAUUCAUGGACAAAGCAAAAAGGUUAUCCAGUUGUCUCUGUUAAACUAAAAGACAACAAAUUGGAGUUUGAACAGGUUCAAUUUUUGUCGAGUGGUUGUGAAGCAGAAGGGCAAUGGGUUGUGCCCAUAACAUUAUGUUGUGGCUCAUAUGAAGCAAGAAAAAACUUCUUACUUGAAAAAAAAUCACAAACUGUUGAUGAAGCAUCAAGUAGUUGGAUAAAAGUCAAUGUUGACCGGGCAGGGUUUUAUCGAGUCAAAUAUGAUGAACAAUUGUCUGCCAAAUUACGAUCUGCCAUUGAAAGUAAAAAGUUAUCUCCCAUGGAUCGAUAUGGUAUUCUAGAUGACUCGUUUGCAUUGUCUAUGGCUGGCCAGUUGCCUUUAUCUUCUUUGCUUACAUUGAUGGGUGCUUACAGAGAGGAACCUGAUUAUACAGUGUUGUCAAACUUAAUCAGUGUUAGCUCUAAAGUUGCAAGAAUUGUGGCUGAUGCUGAUAACACAUUGCUGGACAACAUUAAGAUGUUCUUCAUCAACCUUUUCCAGUACUCUGCAGAGAGGAUUGGUUUUGAUUGUAAAGAAGGGGAAAGCCACUUGGAUGCUUUGUUGAGAGGAGAGCUUUUUGCUACAUUGGCUGUGUUUGGACACGAGGAAACAUUAAUAGAAGCAAACAAACGCUUCCAGGCAUUCUUGGAAGAUAGAAACACACAUCUUCUUCCUCCCGAUAUAAGAAGGGCGGUGUAUGUUGCUGUAAUGAAGAAGGUGACAUCAACAGACAGAUCUGGUUUGGAUUCGCUUUUGAAAGUUUACAGAGAGACUGAUCUAAGUCAGGAAAAGACUCGGAUAUUAGGUGCUCUUGGAUCUUGUAGUGACCCCGACAUAAUUCUUGAAGUCCUUAACUUUUUGUUGACCCGUGAGGUUCGAAGUCAAGAUGUUGUGUUUGGAUUGGGUGUUAGCAGAGAAGGUCGUGAGGUGGCAUGGAAUUGGUUCAAGGAAAAUUGGGAACACAUCUCGAAUACUUGGGGGCGUGGAUUUUUGAUCACACGCUUUGUCAGCGCACUUGUAUCACCGUUUUCGUCAAUUGAGAAAGCGGAGGAAGUGCAAGGGUUUUUUGCGACGCGUGGUAAGCCUUCGAUUAUGAGGACGUUGAAGCAGAGCCUUGAGAGGGUUCAUAUAAAUGCCAAGUGGCUUGACACCAUUCGAAAUGAGAAAGGGCUUGCUGAGUGUGUUCAAGAACUCGCAUACAGGAAAUACUAGAUUUCGAUUUGGUAUUUUGUUAUUUGCUUUUAUUGUCUUCCUUUUUAUGGUCGUCAUACUAUGUUUACAUUUUACAUAAAUGAACGACUUUGUUUCUUAAAACCUAUAUAAAAGAGACCUCUUGCUAGAUAAAAA